GAAACUUUCGACACUCCCUGUGACUCAGAUGCCUGCAAUAUACCCUACAUUUGCAAUCCUGCACAAUGGAAAAUGUUUGUUUCUGACUGAAGUGAAUAUUCGUAAUGCUCUGCAGAUAGCAUAACCUCCUGGGAGCUAAUAGCAACAGAUGAGGGUGCGCCAUGAACUGGGCAAUCUUUCAAGGUCUCCUCAGUGGUGUGAGCACUUACUCUACUGCCUUUGGCCGCAUAUGGCUUUCCGUUGUAUUCAUUUUCAGGCUUAUGGUCUAUGUGGUUGCAGCUGAAAGGGUUUGGGGUGAUGAACAGGGAGAGUUUGACUGCAAUACUAAACAACCAGGAUGCACCAAUGUCUGCUAUGAUUAUUAUUUCCCUGUCUCACAUAUUCGACUUUGGGCUCUCCAGCUCAUCCUGGUCACCUGUCCAUCCCUUCUUGUCAUAAUGCACGUUGCUUACCGAGAGGAACGGGAGAGAAAACACAGAGAAAAACAGGGAGAGAAUUGCGGCCGACUUUAUCUAGACGUAGGAAAAAAGAGAGGAGGCCUGUGGUGGACAUAUCUAUUAAGCCUUCUAGCUAAAGCAUCAGUGGAUUCAGUUUUCCUCUAUGUCUUUCAUCGGAUCUACAACAACUAUUCUCUCCCAAAUUUGGUUAAAUGCUCCAUAAAGCCUUGUCCAAAUACUGUUGACUGUUUUAUAUCAAGGCCCACAGAAAAAAACCUAUUUACCCUAUUUAUGGUUGCCACUACAAUACUCUGCAUUUUUUUAAAUCUUUGUGAGAUGAUAUAUCUAAUUGCCAAAAGGUGUCGAGAGUGCCUGGGACACAGGAACAUAAAAUCCAAAACUCGCUCCAACAAUGUCUAUGCAUACAUUGAGAAGCAAGAGAUUUUCCAUGCCAACAACAAGAUAAAUGAAAAAAUGUCUCGGCUAAAUCCAUCCAUUAGAUUGACACCGCCACAGACUGAAUUAAAAUAAGUAAAGGAUGUGUUCCAGUCUGAGGACUAAGGUUACAUAAUCACAGAUGUAAAAAAUGCUUUGUUUUUAGUCUAGGUGUCUUUUAAAGAACAAAUUAAAUAUGGCUUAUGGAGGGGAUGGCAGUAUACAAAUAAUAAUAGGACAAAACCUAGAAUAACACAGAAUGCAGUAUCUCAAGGUAACAAGGUCAGAAAUUUUUCAAGAGAAACAAUACCAGCUGGAAUAAACUUGCUUCUGUAAGCAACCUGAAAAUCAUUCAUGCAGGAAUGUGUACAUUAUGUAUAUAGAUGGCUAUAACUUUUAUCAAGGUAUUCAAGGAAAAAUAAGCUUGAAUUUUUAAUCACUGCCAAGGGUAAUAUUGUUAUAUUUGUCAAGUACAGUUAAUAUUGUUAUAAAUUUGUCAAGUACAGUUUAGAGACACUUCAGUUGUCAGCCAGUGACAUCACAAAGGUUCUUGGGUCCUUGUACGUGACUUUAUGAUACCUGAUAGGAUAAAGUUUAAAGGUUAAACCCAUAAAACAAAUAUCAUCUGUAAUUGCACUAUUUUUGCUGAUCUUUGAAAUACCUUAAUGGUUGACAAUACAGCAGUAGACAAAAUAGCACUGAUCUACAGUCCCUGUACUGUUUCAGGAGAUCUGUAUAGGUGGGCGACAUUGUCCACACUUGGCCUAACUGCCAGCGCUGGAUUUCUUAUCCGGGCACCCCAAGGAUGCCCAUAUUGGUCCCCUCCCCUCGUGCGUGCGAUUGCGCACAUGCACAAACAUUUAAACUUAUAUACAGAGGAGUGGGGAGAGGUCCCCAUUGCUCCGUAUGGGAGCAAAAUGUCAAAAUUUUGGUGCAGCGAAAAUUUGUGCCGCCCUAGGCCAGGGCCUUUGUGGCCUCGCCAGAAAUCUGGGCCUGCUAACUGCAUUACUGCUAAUUAUUCUGAUUUUUUUCUACCCAGUAGUUAGCUACACACUGGACAAAGUGCAGGAGGUCUGCAGAAUAAUCAGCCAGAUAUAAAUACUUGGGGAUGGGUUAAACUGCCAGAUCCUCUGCUGAAGUUCAGAAUCUUGAAUUUUCCCAGUCCACACCAAACUGAAGCACUGGCUAAGCUAGGCUAGUUUUUCAUUUUUGUUUGAUAAAACUGCAGUUUAGACUUGAGGAACAAAUGUGAGUAUACAUAGUAUACAUAUGUGAGUGUAUAGAUAUGUCAGAAUAAGUAUGUGUAUAUAUGUGCACUGAGGUUCGUUUGAAGGGGUUGAACUUGGUGGACUUUGGUCUUUUUUAACACAACUUAAAUAUAUAACUAUGCACAAUGAGUUGAUAUGCCAAAUCAAUAAUUUUCCACCGACCAUAAUGCAGUUCAACCAUGAGUCAGAUGAACUGACACAAAUAUGUGCUUUUUGUAGAUUAAGUACAUUUAAUGAACCUAAUGGCCAUGUCUAAUUUCAUAUGAGCUUUAACAUACAUUGUUUAAAUACCUAUAGCUUAACUAUAGCUUAGUCCAUGGGGCAAGGGACAAUAAAUUCCUAGAAAAUACAGCAAUGUUCUUGGAAAUCAGAGACAGAACUCAUAGAUUGCAUUUAAACUCAAAUGGGGAUAUUUUACACAUACUAUUUACCCAACAACUAUACCAGUAAAACUGCCUCUAUAGAAGAAACCAGUGUAAAGGGUCAGACUGUUACAAGAGAGUUGAUAUUACUAGCAAAAACAUGAUGUCAUUAAACUGUGUUUCCAAUAUUUUAAUGAUAGAAUUCAUGGCAAUACUUACAGACAGCCUGCAGAAAAAGGAUGUACAGUAAGUGGUAAUAAAUGUAAUAGAUGUAAGUGGUGCAAUAAAUCCAAAAAACUUGUAUCUUUGCAUGUUUAAUACGGUGAUAUUGUCAUUUACAUGCCUUAACAUAUAUUUAUAUAUUUAUUUUUUUAUAUUGAAAACAUUUGUUCUGGAAACAUUAGACUCUUGUCUUUGUACAUAAAUAAAUGAAUCCUUUGAAAGUA